GGGUGCGUGCGCGCGGCUGGCCGUGCAGGGACGAGGUUGCGGGUGCGUGCGCGCGGCUGGCGGGACAGGGACGAGGUUGCGGGCAAGAGCCAUGGUGCCCCAUCGGGUGCCCCGGUGGCCGUGGUGGCUCUUCCGGGCCUCUCCAGGAUGGGCGCAGACAGCGUGUGCUCUCAGAGCCGGGGUGCAGCAGAGAAGAUGGCCAGGCAGCUCUUGGGGGGCCCGCAGAGGCUGCCCCUCGAUGUCCUCCCGGCCCCCGGAGGUGAUGCUGACCCAGGAGCGCUACCCCGUGCGGCGGCUUCCGUUCUCCACUGUGUCUGAGCAGGACUUGGCCACCUUUGAGCACAUCAUGCCCGGUAGGGUCAGCACAGACCCAGCGGAGCUGGAGGCUCACAACGUGGACUGGCUGAGGACAGUCCGAGGCUGCAGCAAGGUGCUGCUGAGGCCCAGGACUUCAGAGGAGGUGUCCCACGUUCUCAGGCACUGCCACGAGAGGAACCUGGCUGUGAACCCCCAGGGCGGGAACACCGGCAUGGUGGGGGGCAGCGUCCCCGUCUUCGACGAGAUCGUGCUAUCCACUGCCCUCAUGAACCAGGUCGUCAGCUUCGACGAUGUGUCCGGGACGCUGGUGUGCCAGGCGGGGUGCGUGCUGGAGGAGCUGAGCCGGCUCGUGGAGGAGCGCGACUUCAUCAUGCCGCUGGACUUGGGCGCCAAGGGCAGCUGCCACAUUGGGGGAAACGUGGCGACCAACGCCGGCGGGCUGAGGUUCCUUCGAUACGGCUCUCUGCACGGCAACGUCCUGGGCCUGGAAGUGGUGCUUGCCGACGGCACUGUCCUAAACUGCCUCACCUCCCUGAGGAAGGACAACACGGGCUAUGACCUGAAGCAGCUCUUCAUCGGGUCAGAGGGCACCCUGGGGGUUAUCACCGCGGUGUCCAUCCUGUGUCCGCCCAAGCCCAAGGCUGUGAGCGUGGCUUUCCUCGGCUGUCCCAGCUUUGCUGAGGUUCUGAGGACCUUCCGCACCUGCAAGGGGUCGCUGGGCGAGAUCCUGUCUGCGUUUGAGUUCAUGGACGCCACGUGCAUGCAGCUGGUCGGGCGCCACCUCCACCUGGCCUGCCCGGUGCAAGAGAGUCCGUUUUACGUCCUGAUCGAGACCUCGGGCUCCCACGCAGGCCACGAUGCCGAGAAGCUGGGCAGCUUCCUGGAGCACGCUCUGGCCUCGGGCCUGGUGACCGACGGGACCUUGGCCACCGACCAGAGGAGAAUCAAGAUGCUGUGGGCCCUGCGGGAGCGCAUCACGGAGGCGCUGGGCCUGGACGGCUACGUGUACAAGUACGACCUGUCCCUCCCCGUGGAGCGGCUCUACGACCUCGUCACCGCCCUGCGCGCCCGCCUGGGCGCCCGCGCCAAGCACGUGGUGGGCUACGGCCACCUGGGGGACGGCAACCUGCACCUCAACGUGACGGCGGAGGCCUUCAGCCCGUCGCUGCUGGCCGCCCUGGAGCCCCACGUGUACGAGUGGACGGCUGGUCAGCAGGGCAGCGUCAGCGCUGAGCACGGUGUGGGCUUCAAGAAGAGGGACGUGCUCGGCUACAGCAAGCCCCCCGCAGCCCUGCAGCUCAUGGGCCAGCUCAAGGCCCUGCUGGACCCCAAGGGCAUCCUGAACCCCUACAAGACGCUGCCCAGCCGGGCCUGACGGGGCCGUGGCGUGCCUGGGGUCAGUGAGAUGCAGGAGGAUCCCGUCCGGCCUUUGCCUGUUGGGACGGGCACUCGGGGUGGCGUGGGCGCAGCAGCCUCCCCGCCGGUGGGGCCUGCAGCAGGCGCGGUGGCCCGGUCACUGGCUGGAGGAGCUGGGAGUGGCCUUUGGGCAAGAGCCGUCUCCUGGCUGUCCCAGGGCUGAGCAAAGCGGCCCGUUCUUCCUCCGCAGGCUGGGAGCGUGGCUGGGCGGGCCGGGCGGGCGGCUGUGCCCCUCAGGAGCAGGCCGGUCCCGAGACUGCUUCGUGGGGGCCCGGGGGCCCGCGCAGCCCUCGAGGUGCCCGGCAGCCUCUCCGCCUAUUUGCUGUCUGCCCAGGCAGGCUGAGCCCCAAUGGCCAAGGUGACCCCAGACCGCCGGCUGUACUGUCAUGGGACAGGUGACAGUUGGUCAUCCGUGGCCCGGGUGACUGGCUGUGCCACUGCUAGAGGGCCUGCCCGUUGGGAAUAUGACUCAGAGCAAGGUGUGGCGGCCAGGAUCAACGCCGAGGCCAGCCUUUCGGAUUCCUCGGGGCCGAGGCAUGGCCCGGCGCACACGGACGGGCGGCUCUAGGGCUCUGCCACGCCAGCCACCCGACCUGACCCUGGACCCUGUUUGUCCGUGGCCCACGGGCAACCGGUGGGCUGUGGAGAUGCGGCCCGGGAGGUUGCACACGCAUUUCCUCUUGGCUCGUGAAUGCUGCUGUGAAUUUCCAGGAAAAAUGUGAAUUGAUCACAGUC